AUGAAGAGCCCUAACCUGUCCCUGUCUGGUCCAGGUUUGGGCUUCAGUAUAGCGGGCGGUGUGGGGAACCAACACGUUCCCGGAGACAACAGCAUCUACGUCACCAAGAUCAUCGAGGGCGGGGCUGCUCACCGUGACGGACGGCUACAAAUAGGGGACAAAAUACUGGCUGUGAACCACGUGUCUCUGGAGGACGUCCUGCAUGAAGACGCUGUGUCUGCCCUGAAGAACACAGGGGAGGUGGUGUACCUGAAGGUGGCCACACCCACCUCGCAGUACAUCCACCCUGCUAAUCGAUACAGCCCCCCCGACCUGACCAGCUCCUACAUGGAGCCGGACUACAUGUGUGAUUACCCACAAGCCCUCCCUCCUCCGUCACCACGGCGAUACUCGCCUAUCCCCCGUGGCAUGAUGGGAGAGGACGACUACUCCCGGGAGCCUCGCAGGGUCUGUGUGCAGCGCGGUUCCACCGGUCUGGGCUUCAACAUCGUGGGCGGAGAGGACGGAGAGGGAAUCUUCAUCUCCUUCAUCCUUGCAGGAGGACCAGCAGACCUGAGCGGGGAGCUCCGCAAGGGGGACCAGAUCCUCAGUGUGAACGGUGUGGAUCUCAGGUAUGCGACACAUGAACAGGCGGCAGCAGCUCUGAAGAAUGCCGGACAGACCGUUACCAUAGUAGCACAGUACAGACCUGAGGAGUACAGUCGCUUUGAAGCGAAGAUCCACGACCUGAGGGAGCAAAUGAUGAACAGCUCGUCCGGCAGCCUGAGAGCCAACCGCAGCUUCUACAUCAGGGCACUCUUUGACUAUGAUAAGCAGUGGGACUGUGGCGUCCUAUCACAGGCUCUGGACUUUAACUUUGGGGAGGUGCUCCACGUGAUGGACAGCGCUGACGAUGAGUGGUGGCAGGCCAGACGAGUGAACCAGCAGGGGGAGCUGGAGGAGCUGGGGUACAUCCCCUCAAAGCACAGGGUGGAGAGGAAGGAGUGGUCUCGUAUGAAGAGUAAAGGUCGAGAAGGUUUCGUUCACAGCUACGAACUCAUCACUCAGAUCGAAGUGGACUAUGCUCGUCCUGUCAUCAUCCUGGGUCCGACCAAAGACCGGGUCAACGAUGACCUUCUGUCUGAGUUCCCGGACAAGUUUGGCUCCUGCGUCCCCCACACGACUCGGCCUCGGAGGGAUUAUGAGGUCGAUGGGCGGGACUACCACUUUGUGUCGUCACGGGAACAGAUGGAGCGGGACAUCCAAUCACAUCGCUUCAUCGAGGCUGGGCAGUACAACAACCACCUGUACGGGACGUCAGUGCAGAGUGUCAGACAGGUGGCCGAGCAGGGGAAACACUGCAUCCUGGAUGUGUCGGCCAACGCCGUGAGGCGGCUCCAGGCGGCUCAGCUCCACCCCGUCGCCAUCUUCAUCCGACCGCGGUCGCUGGAAAACAUCCUGGACCUGAACAAGCGUCUGUCAGAGGACCAGGCGAGGAAAGCUCUGGACCGAGCGAUUAAACUGGAACAGGACUUCCUUGAGUGUUUCACAGCCAUCGUGCACGGCGACAGUUUCGAGGAGGUCUACCACCUGGUCAAAGCCGUAAUUGAGGAGCAGAGUGGCCCCUACAUCUGGGUCCCUGCCCGAGACAGACUCUGAUUGGCCCACUGGCUGCCAUGGGGGCCGUAUCCAUGGAAACCGCCACCAACACCUCCUCCCCACAGCACCUCCCCUCCCCCUCUCGGCGGCGUGACCUGAUGGAGAGCUGACAGUCUCUUCUACUGGAGGAUGACGAGCGAGCUCAGUGAUUGGAUGGCUGCUGUAGCCACGGCAACCAAGAGAUGUUUUUUUUAAGAAGAGGGUGAAGCUGUCUGUGUGUGUGUCAGAGAGACAGAUGAUUGAUUCUGUGUUGGUUCAAUAAUCCUGUAUUAUCAGUAAAUAAUGAAUCAGACUGUAGAGUUCAGUUGGUAUUGAA